AUGGAGUCGGGCAUUUUAGUUCCUUGCAAGGGUGGGGUAAUGGCAACACGCGAGCCGGAACACGGACUGUAUAGAAAAUUACCGAAUUUUGCGGGAAGCACAGACACGCAGAAAUGGUUGAAUUCGAAGGCCGACCAUCGUUCAGAUGCAACACGCUUCCGGUGCCUAGCUGCGAUGCCAUCCGAACGAAGCAUUGAUGGAAGAGAUACUGAUAGGUUGCCCAAACCCAGGUAG